AUGGCCCGGCCCGCCGAGACCUUCCCGCUGCACCGGCUCGUCUGGCACAACCGGCACCAGGCGCUGGACAGCGCCCUGCGCGCGGGGACGCACGACGUGGAGCUGACAGACCCGCGUGGCCGGACGCCCCUGGAGCUGGCCGUGUCUCUGGGCCACCUGGAGUCGGUGCGGGUGCUGCUGCGGCACAACGCCAACGUGGGCAGGGAGAAUGCCAAUGGAUGGACGGUGCUGCAGGAGGCGGUGAGCACGGGGGACCCCGAGAUGGUGCAGCUGGUGCUCCAGUACCGUGACUACCAGCGGGCGACGCGGCGCCUCGCCGGCAUCCCUGAGCUGCUCAGCAAACUACGGCGGGCAUCCGACUUCUACGUGGAGAUGAAGUGGGAGUUCACAAGCUGGGUGCCCCUGGUGUCCAAGGUGUGUCCCAGUGACGUGUACAGAGUGUGGAAGCGUGGGGAGAGCCUGCGGGUGGACACCACCCUGCUGGGCUUCGAGCACAUGACGUGGCAGCGCGGCCGCCGCAGCUACAUCUUCAAGGGGGAAGACGAGGGGGCCGUGGUGAUGGAGGUGGACCACGACAAGCAGGUGGUGUACACGGAGACGCUGGCGCUGGCCCUGCACGAGCCCGAGCUGCUGCUGGCAGCCAUGCAGCCCACCGAGGAGCACGUGGCCGGCCGGCUCACCUCUCCCAUCGUCUCCACACACCUGGACACCCGGAACAUCGCCUUCGAGAGGAACAAGUCUGGGAUCUGGGGCUGGCGCUCAGAGAAGAUGGAGGUGGUCAGCGGCUACGAGGCCAAGGUAUACAGUGCCAGCAACGUGGAGCUGGUCACCAAGACCAGGACGGAGCAUCUCUCUGACCAGGACAAGUCACGCAGCAAAGGCUCCAAGACCCCCUUCCACUCCUUCCUGGGCAUCGCGCAGCAGCACAGCACCCACAACGGGGCACCUGUCCUGCAGGCUGCCAGCCCCACCAACCCCACAGCCAUCACCCCAGAGGAGUAUUUCGACCCCCACUUCGACCUGGAGACCCGCAACAUCGGGCGCCCCAUCGAGAUGUCCAGCAAGGUGCAGAGGUUCAAGGCGACGCUGUGGCUGUGCGAGCAGCACCCACUGUCGCUGGCGGAGCAGGUGACACCCAUCAUCGACCUCAUGGCCAUCUCCAAUGCCCACUUCGCCAAACUACGCGACUUCAUCACCCUCAAGCUGCCCCCUGGCUUCCCCGUCAAGAUUGAGAUCCCCCUGUUCCACGUGCUCAACGCCCGCAUCACCUUCAGCAACCUGUGCGGGUGUGACCAGCCCCUGGGCUCCGUGCGGAUCUGUGGUGCUGAGGGCUCCCUGUGUGUGGCAGCAUGGCCGUUCCCGUGCGAGGUGGAGGCGGGCGUGUUCGAGGUGCCGGCGGGGUACACGGUGCUGGGCGCGGGGCGCAGCGAGCCCCUGCGGGACGAGGACGACGACCUGCUGCAGUUCGCCAUCCAGCAGAGCCUGCUGGAUGCCGGCACUGAGACCGACCAGGUGACCAUCUGGGAGGCGCUGACCAACACCCGCCCUGGCGCAGAGCCACCGCCCUAUGAUGAGGACCUGCAGCUGGAAAGGGCCCUGCAGGAGAGCAUGCUGCUGCAGGCCGGGCCCAGCGCAGAGCCCCCGGCCGCUGGGAGCCCCCCCGGAGCGGGCAGGGGGAGCCCCCCGGGCCCCCCUGGGUACGGCAGCUUCGCGGAGCAGCUGCGCCUGGCCAUGGCGCUGUCGGAGCGGGAGCAGGAGGAGCGGGAACGGCGGCGGCAGGAGGAGGAUGAGGAGCUCCAGCGCAUCCUGCACCUCUCCCUCACCGAGAACUUUGUCAUGGUCAAGGGGGCUGCACGGCUGCUGCCCGCGGAGGAGCCACCCCCAGCCGAGCCCCCCCCGGCCGAGCCCCCCUGCCAGGCCCCAGGACAGCAGGAGCAGCACCUGCACCUCAUGAUGCAACUGCUGCGCCCCCAGGACGCCAUUCGGCUGGCAGUGCGGCUGGAGUCGGUGCGGCCGCGGCGGGUGCGGUAUCUGCUGGUGGUGCGGCCGGAGGAGGCAGGAGCCGAGGCAGAGACGGCGCUGCUGGGAGUGGAUUUUGCCCACGAGGGGGCCACCCGCUGCACCCUGGGCAUGGUGCUGCCCCUCUGGAGCGACACCCAGGUGUUCCUCGACGGUGACGGGGGUUUCAGCGUGACAUCAGGGGGACAGACACGCAUCUUCAAGCCCAUCUCUGUGCAGACCAUGUGGGCCGUGCUGCAGGAGCUGCACCUCGCCUGCGAGGACGCGUCCCGCGGCGGGCACAUCCCCGGUGGCCCCGCGCUGGCCUGGGCCCGUGGCUACGCGGCGGCACUGGGCUCGGAGCAGAGCUGCCUCAAUGAGUGGCUGGCCAUGGCCGACCUCGAGUCCGUGCGCCCCGCCUCGCCCACACCUCUGCGGCCAGCGAUGCCGGAGUUGUCGGAGCAGGCGGUGCGGGCGCUGCUACGGGAGGUGAUGGCCUCCGCCGACCUGGAGAAUGUCACAUCCAAAGAGGUGCGGGAGGAGCUGGAGCGGCGCACAGGGCACAGCCUGGCCGAGCACAAGGAUUUCAUUGACAACGAGAUGCUGCUGGUGCUGGCGCAGAUGGAUCGGCCUUCCCGUAUCUUCCCGCACCUCUUCCUGGGCUCCGAGUGGAACGCAGCCAACCUGGAGGAGCUGCAGCAGAAUAAGGUCACCCACAUCUUGAACGUGGCGCGGGAGAUUGACAACUUCUUCCCGGCGCUGUUCACAUACAUGAACGUGCGGGUGUACGAUGAGGAGGCGGCCGAGCUCCUGCCCCACUGGAACGACACCUUCCUCUUCCUCUCCCGUGUCCGGGCAGCAGGAGGCCGGGCGCUGGUGCACUGCCGGAUGGGGCUGAGCCGCUCGGCCGCCACAGUGCUGGCUUACGCCAUGAAGGAGUUCGGAUGGUCCCUGGAGCGGGCGCUGCGGCACGUCCGGCACUGCCGGCCCAGCAUCCUGCCCAACCCCGGCUUCAUGCGCCAGCUCGACUUCUACCAGGGCAUCCUGAGUGCCAGCCGGCACAGCAGCCUGUGGGAGCCCCGGGCGGCCGAGCAGGCUUCACACCCCAAGGAGGACACGGCGAGGGACACGAGUGGCCUGUCCCCGCUGUCCUCCCCGCUGUCCUCCCCGCUGUCAUCCCCACAGCCCUCCGAGGAGGAGGCAGCUGCUGGGGGUCUGCUGGGGGCCUCCCGGCGCCCCCGCAUCUCCCUGUGCUCUGUCAUGCGGAGCAUCAGCCUGCUGGAGACCCCUGAGCCCCCGGAGAUGCUGGGGGAGCCCCAGGCCAGGCAGGUGUUUGAGGCCACGGAGUAUGCAGAGGGUCCCUCCCCGAGGUCACGACCCUCGUCCCGGCCGCGCGGGGUGGUGCGCCAGGCCAGCCUGGAUGGUGGCCCCGCCCCGUUGUGUGACCACACCCAUAGUGAUGACCACACCCAUGCACCUGGCCACGCUCACACUGAGGAACCCACUCCUUAAUUUGGGGGGCAUGGGACAGCGCCGCCUCACUGCCAUAGCAACAAGGGAAUGGGUGUGGCCUACACCUUUGGGCGUGGCCAUA